CACGUUGUGAACAACGUUGGGAAAAGGACAGAAAAGGUUGACGGGAUGAAGCAAGAAAAGACUCAGAUGAAGGAUUUCCUGGAGAAUAUCAGUGUUCUGCAAGCGGUGCUGACACUCCCCCUCUUAGGUCCGGCGUGUAUUGGGUUGAUGGUGUACCUUAUGUUUACGUCUCUGUGGCUGCUGCCUACUCUCUACUUCAUAUGGCAGUUAAAGGACCGGCACACACCUGAAAGAGGGGGUAGGAGAACUGCAUUUGUGAGAAACUGGAAAGUGUGGAAGCUCGUAAGGGACUACUUCCCAAUGAAGUUGGUGAAGACAGCGGAGUUGAACCCAAACAAGAACUACAUCUUAGGGUGUCAUCCACAUGGGAUCUUGAGUGUCGGAGCCUUUACUACUUUCACCACGGAGGCCUGUGGCUUUAUGGACCUCUUCCCUGGGGUGCGCUCCUGUCUCUGCAUCCUGAGUGGCCUCUUCAAGAUCCCCCUCUACAGGGAAUAUGUCAUGGCCACAGGUUGUUGUCCAGUCAGCAAGCCCAGUCUCAAGCACCUUUUGUCUAAAAGUGGGAAAGGCAAUGCGCUGGUGAUUAUUAUAGGGGGUGCUGCUGAGUCUCUGCUGAGUGUGCCUGGGGUCAACGCUGUGGUUAUGAAGCAGAGGAAAGGCUUCGUCAAGGUGGCCCUGGAGUUUGGGGCUGACCUGGUGCCCGUCUACUCGUAUGGGGAAAACGAUAUGUUCCGCCAGGUGAUCUUCUCAGAAGGCAGUGUGGGCUGGAGGUUACAGCAACUCUGUAAGAAGGUCAUGGGCUUUGCCCCUUGUCUGUUCAUGGGUGAACGCUGGUUCUGGAUGCCUUACCACUGCCCGGUCACCAUUGUCGUGGGUAGUCCUAUCCCAGUGCCAACGAGGCCUUCUCCCACUCAGGAGGAGGUGGACCACUAUCAUGGCCUAUACAUGGAGUCCCUGGCCAAGCUCUUCAAUGAGCACAAAGUCAGCUGUGGACUCUCAGACAGCCACGAGCUGCUGAUCACAUAAGCCAAUCAUUUUGACAACGUGAAUGAGGUGAUUUGUCAUGGUGUCCUUCUGUCUGUACUGUAGCCCCCGAUCUCCCUCACGACGCCAGGACAGCGGAGUCAAUCACCACCUUCCGGAGACACCUGAAACCCCACCUCUUUAAGGAAUACCUAGGAUAGGAUAAAGUAAUCCUUCUCACCCCCCCCCCCCUUAAAAGAUUUAGAUGCACUAUUCUAAAGUGGCUGUUCCACUGGAUAUCAUAAGGUGAAUGCACCAAUUUGUAAGUCGCUCUGGAUAAGAGCGUCUGCUAAAUGACUUAAAUGUAAAUGUAAAUGUAAAUCUCCACAGUGAGUAUGUUUACACGCACGGUAAUAAUUCUAUAUUAACUGAUCAUAUCGAUGAUAUACUGAUUACGACAGUACUGCGAGUUUGACAGUAGUCAUGAUUAUCUUAAUCGGCGUAAAGUCAUAAACGAAGCAUAAACGGACUAAAAUACCUAUAUUUUUUUGCAAUGUUUUGAAUGAUUUGGAUACCUUAUUCAGAGAUCCUGCGGUGUUGAUCUGCACAUGUGCUAUCAUCAUGCAUCUAAAAAAUAGGUUUCACAUACAAACUCUAUAUUUCUGAAGUCAGAAUCAAAUAGGCUUCCCAAAAAAUGAUAUGAUUGCUGUGAUAGGACCUUCAUUUUUAUUGGUCAUUUUCUACAUUUCUUUAAGUCCCAUCAAGCACCCUUAUUAUCAGCUGUCCAUGUAAACAGGAUGUUUAGGGAAUUAUUUCUUCUUGCAAAUCAUAACAAUGUUUUAAUCUAAUUAUUAUAUUAAAUCAGAGUAUUUACAACGAUCCUAUUACUGAAUGCAUGUUAACAUACUCAGUGAGACUACUUGAAUGAAAGCAUUCCAACUCAGUAUCUGAUCCAGCGGUGUCCCAAUCAUUGAUCCCUGGAUCCACCAAGCUGCCUGUCUAAUUGACACAUCGCUUUGACUGCAUUUACUGUAAGAAUGAAUUCAAGGGGAGAUUGUAUGUGGUUUAUAUGUAGCAAUAAUUUAACCAUGAAUCUGAAUACCUUUAAGAUCCACUCAAUUUCAUAACAAACAGUAAUUGAUUGUGUGACUUAGGAUUUAUGAAGAAAUACUGUGCUUACAUGUUGAGUAUAAUCAAUGAGACUUUGUAGCCACCAGCAGCACCUGAGCAAUGUUAAUCAGGGAUUAUAACAUUCUUUCAAGUAUAACAGUUGACUUUGAAUAACUUGUGCAGUAGAGCUGCCGAAUACUGACUAUUUGCUAUAUAGAAAUGAUGUUUUUCUGCUGAUAUAUGUAUUUGAAUACAUUUGGCUUGUGGUGAGGGUUCACUUUGACCACAGGAUUUUGCCACAAUGUAUUAAUUUAUUUAAUCCUUCCUGUGAACUGUGAAGUGGAUACAGAUAGCGGUAGUGAGAGGUUUUGGACAUGAACAGAGUGGGAGUGUCUUUCAGUGCUAUGAUUCACAAGCUGUAGAGAUCUAUCAUAACAUUUCAAUAUUUCUCUCUCAUCACAUACACAUAUUAGGCAUACUCUUCUCUACAGGACAAAGUAGUUGUUACCCAACUAUCCCAAUAAUUUUUGACAUGGAAAAUGAAUCUAGAUUUAAAAUACACUACCGUUCAAAAGUUUGGGGUCACUUAGAAAUGUCCUUGUUUUUGAAAGAAAUGCACAUUUUUUUUCCAUUAAAAUAACAUCAAAUUGAUUAGAAAUACAGUGUAGACAUUGUUAAUGUUGUAAAUGACUAUUGUAGCUGGAAACAGGUGAUUUUUUAUGGAAUAUCUACAUAGGUGUACAGAGGCCCAUUAUCAGCAACCAUCACUCCUGUGUUCCAAUGGCACGUUGUGUUAGUUAAUCCAAGUUUUUCAUUUUAAAAGGCUAAUUAAUCAUUAGGAAACCCUUUUAUAAUUAUGUUAGCACAGCUGAAAACUACUGUUCUGAUUAAAGUAGCAAUAAAACUGGCCUUCUUUAGACUAGUUGAGUAUCUGGAGCAUCAGCAUUUGUGGGUUUGAUUACGGCUCACAAUGGCCAGAAAUAAAGCACUUUCUUCUGAAACA